AUCGAUUUGAUCAAGAUUACUUUAAUAUUAACUUUUAAGUAGUAUAAUUAAAAUAAUGGACUAAAUUGAGUGUUACAGAUAUUGAUCAUAGCUGAUGUGAGAAGAAUAACAUCUUUUCUUGUGCUGAAUGGAUCUCUGAAAAAAUACAAAAUAUUCCUGUUGUUUUACUUGGAAGAGAGUUACACAUUACAACAUGGAUAACAUGCGAAAAAUGUCCACUAAGGGAGAAUCCCUAUACCAGGUUCUUGAGCUUUCUAAAGAUGCCCAGCCUGAAGAUGUCAAGAAGUCAUAUCGAAGGUUGGCACUCAGGUACCAUCCUGACAAAAAUCCUGAUAAUCCUGAAGCUUCUGAUAAGUUCAAAGAAAUCAACUGGGCUAAUACAAUCUUGUCUGAUCCAGAAAAAAGAGAAAUAUAUGAUUCAUAUGGAUCUGUAGGCCUAUACAUUGCUGAUCAUUUUGGAACUGAAAAUGUGAAAAUGUACUUCUUGCUAACAAGUGGUUGGUGCAAGGCUUUCUUAUUCUGUUGUGGACUCAUCACAUGCUGCUGCUGUUGCUGUUGUUGUAAUUGUUGCUGUGGGAAGUGUAAACCAAAUGUUCCAGAUGAAGCUGAUAAUAUCGAUGAUCUGGAGAAGGAUUUUGUUGAUGGUGCUUCUGGUGGUGGGAUGCUGUCUGUUUCAGCAGACAAAAAGGACGAAAAUCUUGACAAUGAAGAAGAGGAAUGUAAACCUUGUGUAACUCAACCUACAAUAAGCCAACAAGCUCCAAUCUCAAUGCCCGCACCACCACCACCAGCUGACGAAAGAACUAGUCUGAAUUCAUCGUCACACACUUCUUAUAAUACUGGUGAGUCAGAGGUUAUAAAGCCUGGGGAAAACGAAGAUACGUGUUCAGAUGGAAAGAAAGAUCCAAACUCUUGUGGAUGAUGUUCCAGUAUAAUUUAAAACGUGGCAGCCAUUAUGUUGUUUAAAGGUUCUUGAGGACUCGUGCCAUCACCACUCCAAAAUCUUUCCAGUCUGUUGAUUUCAAUCACAUAAUGUUCAGUGUCAGAAAUUUUGGUACAGAAAUGAAAGUCAUUCCUCCAUUUUAACCAGUCUUCAGUACUUUUACUUUUUUAUCAUGGAAAAUAUACUGUCUAAUAUUUCUUUAUAGUAAAUUUUAUUCACUUUACUAGAUUGAUAGAGAGUUAUAAUUUUUUGGGGAAAAAAAAGUUUGAGAUAAUGUAGAAAUCAUUUUCCUCAUUCAGAUAAUUUUGGGUGAAGGUAGAAAGUCUGUUGCCCACAUUCCAUAUUGCUUAUUAUGAGGUGUUUGUAAACAUCAAAAGUGAAUGUUGAAAACGGAAAUAAAUUUUAGUUAAAUGGAUGUUAGUGAAAUAAUUUUCAAAACAAUCAAAGUUAUGAUGAAAACGUUAAAAUAAUCACUGUACUGAAUCAGGAAAAUUUAUGGACUCUAGAACGAGUGAUGCCGGAGCUGUGUUUCAUACUAACCUAUAAAUGAAAUCUUCUCUAUGUGAGUCAUUGGUGAUAAUCCUACAUUAUACAUUUUGGAAAGAUAGAACUAACAGGUACAGGCAUAUAAAGAUCAACGGAAAGUAUAUUCUUUGGAUCAUAUAAUUCCUUAACAUAUUAACUUUUCUAUCUAUACUCUCAGGGUCUGCUGUACAGUGUUAUUUCUUUGAACGUGUUUACACUACCUUAAACACUUAAGUUUUAUUCAAUGAACUUUGCAAAAACGUACAAUUCAUAUAUUGGUAGUCAACAGUUUUCUCAUAUCACCUGGUUUUACCAACUUUUCUACCACCGAAUGAGUAGAAGCAUGAACUGUAAACAGAUGACAAUGGCUUGUAAACUGUGCUACACAUAUUCAGAAAAAUAAGUGACAUAAAGGACACAUGACCAGUAAUUGGCAUUACAUCUAAAAGUUACCACCUCUUCUUAACAUUAUCCUUUAACUGAACAAAAGUAUCAAUGUUGAUGUGGGAGCAUACUCAUUGAGUUCUGUGUGUUUGUGUUGCAAAUGGCUCUUUAGGUAAUUUUAAUCUGAGGAUACCUGUCAUGUUCUAUAGAUUGUAAUUACAAUCAUUUUCUAAUAAAAUUGACUGUGAUGUGAAAAUGUA